AUGUCUGGAGUGGCGCCUCUCGAUCCCAUCAACUUGAACGGGACGGCAGACCGUGGCAAGAAGGUCGCAUACUUCUACGAUUCUGAUGUCGGUAACUAUGCCUACGUCUCGGGUCAUCCCAUGAAGCCACACCGUAUCCGGAUGGCACACAGUCUGGUGAUGAACUACGGACUGUACAAGAAGAUGGAAAUAUACCGUGCCAAACCCGCCUCCAAAUACGAAAUGACGCAGUUCCAUACCGAUGAAUACAUCGACUUCUUAUCAAAGGUUACGCCUGACAAUAUGGACCAAUAUUCAAAGGAACAAGGAAAAUACAAUGUCGGAGACGACUGUCCAGUGUUUGAUGGGUUAUUCGAGUUCUGCGGUAUUAGCGCGGGGGGCAGCAUGGAAGGCGCCGCCCGUCUCAAUCGCAAUAAAUGCGAUAUUGCAAUCAACUGGGCUGGAGGGCUGCACCAUGCGAAAAAGAGUGAAGCAAGUGGAUUUUGCUAUGUGAAUGAUAUUGUUCUUGGUAUCCUUGAGCUCCUCAGGUUCAAGCAACGAGUUUUGUAUAUUGAUAUUGAUGUCCACCACGGUGACGGAGUUGAAGAAGCUUUCUACACCACGGAUCGUGUCAUGACGGUCUCAUUCCACAAAUAUGGAGAAUAUUUCCCAGGAACUGGCGAAUUGCGCGACAUCGGCGUCAGUCAAGGAAAAUACUAUGCCGUCAACUUCCCCCUUCGAGAUGGUAUCGAUGAUGUCUCAUACAAGAGUAUAUUUGAGCCCGUCAUCAACAGCGUCAUGGAAUGGUAUCGCCCCGAGGCAGUUGUCCUUCAGUGUGGCGGUGAUAGUUUGUCCGGUGACCGUUUGGGCUGCUUUAAUCUCAGUAUGAAAGGCCAUGCCAAUUGUGUUGCCUUUGUCAAGAGCUUUAAUCUGCCGACACUGAUCGUGGGUGGAGGUGGCUACACCAUGCGCAACGUGGCCCGCACCUGGGCUUUUGAAACAGGUAUUCUCCUUAACGAGCAGCUCGGAGCUCAACUUCCCUACAACGAUUAUUAUGAGUACUUUUCUCCUGAUUAUGAACUGGAUGUACGACCUUCCAACAUGGACAACGCAAAUACAAAGGAAUAUCUCGAUAAGAUCCGCAGUCAGGUCAUUGAAAAUCUAAAGCGAACUGCAUUUGCACCGUCCGUGCAGAUGACUGACGUUCCCCGCGAUCCCCUAUUAGACGGGCUAGAUGAUGAGGCAGACGCGAUCAUGGACGACCUUGAUGAGGACGAGAAUAAAGACAAACGUUACACAAAACGUCGCUUCGAUCAAUACAUUGAGAAAGCUGGCGAGCUAAGUGACAGUGAAGACGAGGAGGAGAAUGCAGCCAAUGGCAUUCAUCGUCAACCAGGAGCCGUGCGAAGACGGAACCACGUUAAUCAUCUGAAUCUCGAUGUGGCUGAUUCUGGUUUGGACAGUGGCAUUGCUACACCUAGGGACCAGUCUUCCGUUCCUGACCAGGACGAAGACAUGGACCUGACAGCCGAUAGUUCGGCUGACAAGCCUGAACAAACAUCUAGCACCGAGCGACGCCAGUCUCCUCAUGGAGCGGCUGCUCCACACGCUGAUGAAAACGGUGUCACAGAAGCCAAUGAAACUGCGGUUACCGAAGGUACUACGCGUCCUGAAUCGCCAGCUUCCGUUCUGAAUGAAGCACACUCCGAUGUCGAUAUGGAAGAUGCAACGGUGCCAUCGGCGGCGGCCGAAGCUGUAACCACCGAGAGAAAUGGUGGUCAAGAAGAGACACCUCCUGCAUCACCACCAGCAAGCGCACCCGCACCCGAGGAGGCCCCAUCCGCAGAACUGACUCCUGCCCCUGCCGGUGCCGCGCCUAAGACAGAGGGCGCAGCAGAAAAGAGCGAACAGCCCGCUGCAGACGAAGCCAAAGAGCAGGACGCUGCCGCGGCAGAGCCACCCAUCAAAUCUGAAGAGCAAUCCGAAAUCAAAACCGUUUCCGAGUCUAAAGAAUCGGAAGCCACUGAAUCAUAG